GCCCCUGGUGAAGAAUCAAAUACACUCCAAAGGCAUUAUUAUCGUUGUUGGUCUCUGGGAAAUCUUGAUGGCCAGGAACAACAUGGUGAUGAAAGGAAAGAGCAUAACAGCUAGAGAUAUUCAAGUAAGAAUAAUGCACUCCUUUGAUCAAACCAAAAAGGCUUUUGGUCCAAAGGGAGUAACCCGCCAAAUGGUAUAAGCCCAUACUAGCCCAAUCCGGAGUGGGUCGGCCCGUAUAACUAACAACUCAGAUUUCACGAUGAAAAAACAAAAACGUCCCCUGGUGGCGUCCCUCCCUGAUGGUCGUUCUCUCCUUCAACCCGAACCCUCUGGUCUUCUCCGGCGCAGGCAUGUCAGCGUCACACUCACCCCAACCCCAACGUAACCCCCCAACAACCGCCGCAGGUAAUUACCCAACACCUCUCUCCCCUCCGCUCCCCUCAAUCUCCAAGGAAAUCGAACUGAGCAGGGCCAUGAGCGCCGCUUCAAACUCCUCCCUCUUCUCCCUCUCACCCAUCCACAUCCUCUACCACGACGACCACCUCAUCGCCGUCAACAAGCCCCACGGAAUCUACUGCGAGACCCUCCUUUCCUCCCUCGCCCCCCAUUCCCCCCAACUCCACCUCGCCAACCGCCUCGACCGCGACACCACCGGCGUAAUGCUCCUAACCAAAUCCCACAAGGUCGCCGCCAACCUCGUCAAAGCCUUCACCCAACACAAAGUCAACAAAACCUACAUCGCCCUCUGCACCGGCGCUCCUCCCACCUGGGAACGCCUCACCGUCCGAUCCGGUCACGGGCGCUCCAAGUUCGGCGCCUGGCGAGUCUACGCCGCCUCCGACGUCGGACGCGCGUUACCUGGCGGCUCGGUUGUCCGUAACAUGGAGACUUCCUUCGAGGUUUUAUCGGUUAACGGAAAAGGCACCUUUAGGGAGGUUUCGGAGUUUUUCGACGACGACGUUUUGGUGGUUGAAGAAAAAGCGGUGAGAGAGGAGGGUAAGGGUAACGAGAGCGAGAUUGUGGUGAGAGCGUAUCCUCGGAGUGGAAGAACGCAUCAGAUUCGCUUGCAUUGUCAGUACCUAGGGAUUUCCAUAAUUGGAGAUGUCAAAUACGAGGGUGUGCACCAGUGGAAAGGCGUUACUCAUCAUGCGCAUCACCUUCAUGCAGAAACGCUGUCGUUUCAGCAUCCUGUUACCGGUCUUAACGUUAUCAUAAAUGCGCCUCUCCCACUAUGGGCCACCCAGGCCUUUCACCGGGACAAAUUGUGAGCUUCUCGCCAUGUCAUUUUAUGUCAACAAUUGAAUUGCUGUAUUUUGUUUUCGGUUUCACUCUUCAAGUGUACAUUCUUUUUCUAGUUCGAUUCAAGCAACUGUGCCACCAAUCUUUAAUUUUUGAAUGCUUCUUUUAUUGUACUAUUUAUGCAUCCAACAACUGAUGUUAUAUUAUCAUACAUACAGAGUUAAUGGUUUUA